GUGUAUGGGGUGCUUAACUGUUAUACAGUUAUUGUGCUUAUUCUUUUCUACCGUCAAAAUACACCGAUUUAAAUACUCCACUCCUUUCAUUACUGUGAACAGAACACGAUCAGUGUUAUUUCUUUUACAAAAGACCGUGUUGAGCAAUUCGUAGUAAUUGUGAAUUGCGUGCAUUUUUUUGUGAAUCCAUUACCCUGAAAUGGCUCAAAGCAAGUUAAACGAUUUGGCCGGAAAGUUUGGUAAAGGUGGACCACCGGGGUUGACUACCGGUUUGAAGGUACUGGCUGCUGUUGGAGCCGCUGUCUAUGGCAUUAGCAAUUCAAUGUACACAGUUGAUGGUGGUCACCGAGCAAUAAUCUUCAACCGGGUUGGAGGAAUUGGGGAUGAUAUCUAUAGCGAAGGGCUACACUUUCGCAUUCCAUGGUUCCAGUAUCCAAUCAUAUACGACAUUCGCUCGAGGCCAAGAAAGAUUUCGUCUCCGACUGGCUCUAAAGAUUUGCAGAUGGUAAACAUCUCUCUGCGAGUGCUCUCCCGUCCGGAUGCCCAACGUUUACCCGUUAUGUACCGCAAUUUGGGCUUGGAUUACGACGAAAAAGUUCUGCCCUCGAUUUGUAAUGAAGUGUUAAAAAGUGUGGUGGCAAAGUUUAACGCAUCGCAGCUGAUCACUCAACGUCAGCAGGUUUCGUUGCUCAUCCGCAGAGAAUUGGUAGAGCGCGCAAAGGAUUUCAACAUCAUCCUGGACGAUGUUUCACUGACGGAACUCAGUUUCGGCAAGGAAUACACGGCGGCCGUCGAAAGUAAACAGGUCGCCCAGCAGGAAGCCCAACGGGCGGCAUUCUACGUGGAACGGGCAACACAGGAGCGACAACAGAAAAUUGUUCAGGCCGAGGGAGAAGCAGAGGCAGCAAAAAUGUUGGGUUUGGCUGUCAGUCAAAAUCCUGGAUACCUCAAGCUCAGGAAGAUUCGCGCUGCGCAAAAUAUUGCCCGAACGAUCGCAAAUUCCCAGAACCGCGUGUACCUCUCGGCAAACAGCCUGAUGUUGAACAUUUCGGACGCUGAGUUCGACGAUAUGUCCAAGAAAGUGUCAAACGAAGGUCAGACCGGAUUCUUCCGAUCGUCGCAAAAUCCGAAAAUUUCGUCACGUCACGAAAGCAGCGGCGAGAAGUACGAUCACACUUUGAUUAAAGUGAUUGCCGAGGAAACAGCGGAGAGGAUCAGCAGUGGCAGCAGCAGCCGAUAGGAGUGUUCUAUAUUGAACUUUUAUGUUGCAUUUCUUUCAUUUAUGAAUUUAAGUUUUAUAUUUCUCCUAAAAUGGGAUGUAUCAUCUGUUACGACUCAGAAAUAUCAAAUAAUAUAAUAGUCGGCGCAACUACAAUCAUCUGUUUCGCUGGUUGGAUAUGAAAAAAAUGACAUUCAAAAACAA